AUGUUCGCCCCAGCACGACGGCGGUGCGCCCAAAGCCUCGCAAAGGCCUCGAGCCAGACGACCGAUUCGAUCCCGACUUUCCUGUUACCCGUAUUCCCCCGGCCUACGCCCGCCAGGACCUUUACCUCAACAACAUCAUGUCAAUCGAAGAUCGGGUCCCUACCACUCUCUUUACCCCAAGGAGUCACAUUCCAGGUGGUUGCGCCUUCGGCUAAGGCCAGGAGCUCAAGAGUGCAGGCAAUGUCUACAGUACACAUCAAGGGACCGCUCGGCGAGCUUUCAAUGAACAUUCCUCCAUAUAUCAAUAUCAACCAGGACCCGGCAUUGGGUGGUCCAACAUUGACAAUAGAGGAUGCAAAAGAUGCGAAACAGAAGGCAAUGUGGGGCACCACCCGCGCAUACCUCCAGAAUCACAUCCUCGGUGUUAGCGAAGGACACAGUGCCAUUCUCCGCUUCGUCGGUGUCGGUUACCGUGCCUCAGUCGAAGACACUGCAACUACAGUAAAGGCCGAAUUUCCGGGCCAGAAGUUCGUCAACUUGAAGGUCGGAUAUACACACCCAGUCGAACUCGCUAUACCAAAGGGCAUGACCGCGAGUACACCGCAACCGACACGUCUACUAUUAGAGGGGCCAGAGAAGGAGGUAGUCAUGCAGUUCGCGGCCAAGAUCAGGGCCUGGAGGAAACCUGAACCAUACAAGGGCAAGGGUGUCUUCGUCAACGGUGAGACCAUCAAGAUCAAGAACAAGAGAGUGGGCGGCAAAUAG